UCAAAUUGAUUGUUUACUGUCACGUCGACAAAUCCAGUCGGUCGUCGAGUUUUGAGAAAAAGAAAAUUAAACUCGGCAAUUAAAAUAUUUAAUUAAUAAGAUGGUAUAAUCACAACUGAGCAGUUCCAUUUAUUUCAUACGCAAGUUUGCGUUUCGUGUUCUUUUUCAGUUUAAACAAUUUAAGAGUAAUAUCGUUAGCAGAUGCAGGGAUUAUUUCUGGGGUAUCAAUUGUAAUUUGGUCCUAUGGCUUCCAUGGAUGACCAAAAACGUGUCAGUUCUGCCGAUGAUGGUACUGAUAAGCUUGAUACUGAUUUAGAGCUAACCCCAUUGGAAGGGACCCAGGAGGAAGCCACAGAAAUGGACCAUAAGAAGAAUGAAGCAUACACACAUAAUAGAAUCAAUAAAUAUGGAUAUAUAAAAUAUGUGAGUCUGGUGGUGCUGACCAUACAGAAUGCGGCGCUGGGCCUCAGCAUGCGCUACGCCCGCACCCGGGACGUGCCGCACAUGUUCUCAUCACCAGCCGCGGUGCUCAUGGCAGAGGUGGUCAAACUGAUCAUCUGUGUGGGCCUGGUCAUCCAAGAGUCAGGGAACGUGCAGAAGGGAUGCCGCUCCAUGUAUGCCGUGGUCAUCCUCAACUUCAAGGAUACUCUGCGAGUGUGUGUCCCUUCGUUCCUCUACAUCAUACAGAAUAAUCUGCUGUAUGUGUCUGCAUCUAAUCUGGAUGCUGCUACUUAUCAGGUGACAUACCAGAUGAAGUUACUGACCACGGCAUUCUUCGCCGUGCUAGUUCUAAAGCGGAAACUAAAGAAGUGGCAGUGGCUCGCGCUAGGGCUGCUCGCGUCCGGGGUGGCGCUAGUGCAGCUGUCGUCCAGCAGCGGUGGUAGUAAGGACACGGAGGGACAGUCGAGAGUGCUUGGGUUCAGCGCAGCACUGGCCGCUUGCUUCAUCUCUGGGUUCGCUGGCAUCUACUUUGAGAAAGUUCUGAAGGAGUCCGAUAUUUCUGUAUGGAUGAGGAAUGUGCAGCUCAGCUUACUGUCGCUACCGUUCGGGACCAUCACUUACGUCAUCAAGGAGGGUUCCAUGAACGACCUGCUCAAAGGCUUCGACGGAUUCGUCUGGUACCUGGUGGUCCUACAGGCAGCCGGGGGGCUAAUAGUCGCUGUAGUGGUCAAAUACGCCGACAAUAUACUCAAAGGCUUCGCUACGUCUGUAGCUAUAGUCAUAUCUUGUGUAGUCUCAAUGUAUUUGUUUGACUUCCAUUUGACAGUUCAGUUUGCGUGUGGCACAGCCCUAGUGAUGGGGUCUAUAUUCCUCUAUGGUUAUGUGCCUAAGAAGCCCGAUCCAAGGAAUAACUUGGUCUGAUGAAUUUGGUGCUGUUAAGUUUUGGCGUGUAAAUAUUGUACAAUGUACUUACGAUAGAUAGUAUAGGAUAGUGUAGAUUCAGAUAGAUAAUGAAUUACAAUGAUUUUAAUUUGUAACUGGAAGCUACAGGUUUACUUAUUGUUUUAAUGUUAAUUUUAUAUCAUGAUUAUAUUGAUGAUCUAUUUUUAAGAGUAUUUUUGAUGGUAUUAUGUUAAAUUUUAUUAGGAGUUAUAUUAGUUAAUAAUCAUUAUCACACAAUUAGAAAUACAAUACUGCCCUAAUUUAAUGGCCCGCAUAAUUGAAAAUAUGUAAGUAUCCAUGUUCUAUGUUUAUCAGUACAAUUUAUAGAAAUUCUUAAAAUAUUUUAAUAAUUUCUAAUCCAUAUCUACUUUACUUUCAAUAGAACUAUGUUACUUAGUCUUGUUUAGUCCUUAUUUCUAGUCUUUCUAACUGGCAAGAAAUUUAAUCAGCAUUUAUUUUAUCUUCAGAAUCAAGUUACGAGCAUGAUAUUCAUUUUGCAUCUGACAAAUCCUACUGUUUGUCACCAAGACUCUAAGUAGAAGCAUCUGAUUUUAUAUUUUUAACUUAAAUUCCAUUAAUUUUAAGUAAUUAUGUACAGGUAC